AUGGAAUUUUUGCAUGCAUGUCCUGUAUGCUCUGGCGUAGCAUUCUAUCGACCUAGUGAAUGGCCAAACCGUUUACACUGUCAAGCUGUAGAUUGUGGUGUCUCUGUCUGCUUUGAUUGUCGAAGAGAGCAUUCACCUAGUGAAAAGUGUUCAGUAAAAGCCAACUCACCAAUUAGAAGACUUUCUCCAAUUCAUCCUCGUUCAUCGCCUGUAAGAAGUCCACGAACACGUUGGCGAUUAAUGAAGGCUUCACUUCGUCGUCUUUAA